CUGUAUAAAUAUGGAGCACAGGUGAAAGCUGGCUUACUCUCUCAAGGGAGCAACAGACGCACCCAUCUCCUCUCUAGAUUUCCAGGGACUCCAGCUGUCUUAGCGAAGAUGUGUGACGAGGAGGAGACCACUGCCCUGGUGUGUGACAAUGGCUCAGGCCUUGUCAAGGCUGGCUUUGCUGGGGAUGACGCCCCCAGAGCUGUCUUCCCCUCUAUAGUGGGCCGCCCUCGUCAUCAGGGUGUGAUGGUCGGUAUGGGUCAGAAGGACUCCUAUGUAGGAGACGAGGCCCAGAGCAAAAGGGGUAUCCUCACUCUGAAGUACCCCAUCGAGCAUGGCAUCAUCACCAACUGGGACGACAUGGAGAAGAUCUGGCACCACACCUUCUACAAUGAGCUGCGAGUGGCCCCAGAGGAGCACCCUGUUCUGCUGACUGAAGCCCCACUCAACCCCAAGGCCAACAGGGAAAAGAUGACCCAGAUCAUGUUUGAGACCUUCAACGUUCCGGCAAUGUAUGUGGCCAUUCAGGCUGUUCUGUCUCUGUAUGCCUCUGGCCGUACUACCGGCAUUGUCCUUGACGCUGGGGAUGGUGUGACCCACAACGUGCCUGUAUAUGAGGGUUAUGCCCUGCCCCACGCCAUCAUGAGGCUGGACCUGGCUGGCAGAGAUCUCACUGACUACCUCAUGAAGAUCCUGACUGAGAGAGGCUACUCAUUCGUCACUACUGCUGAGAGAGAAAUCGUGCGUGACAUCAAGGAGAAGCUGUGCUACGUGGCCCUGGACUUCGAGAAUGAGAUGGCCACCGCCGCCUCCUCCUCCUCCCUGGAGAAGAGCUACGAGCUGCCUGACGGCCAGGUCAUCACCAUUGGCAACGAGAGGUUCCGCUGCCCUGAGACCCUCUUCCAGCCCUCCUUCAUCGGUAUGGAGUCUGCUGGAAUCCACGAGACCACAUACAACGGCAUCAUGAAAUGCGAUAUCGACAUUCGUAAGGACCUGUAUGCCAACAACGUCCUCUCCGGUGGUACUACCAUGUACCCCGGUAUUGGUGACCGCAUGCAGAAAGAGAUCACAGCUCUGGCUCCCAGCACCAUGAAGAUCAAGAUGAUCGCCCCGCCAGAGCGUAAGUACUCUGUGUGGAUCGGCGGCUCCAUCCUGGCCUCCCUCUCCACCUUCCAGCAGAUGUGGAUCAGCAAGGACGAGUACGAGGAGGCAGGGCCCUCCAUCGUCCACAGGAAGUGCUUCUAAACCCUUCCCUUGCCACAAAGUCCCAUCUCCAGCCAGAACCCAUCCCCUCCAUGGUUGGCCCCUUAUAGUCUCCAAUGAAGACUUUCAAAUGGUCCACUAUUUGCACCCCAGUUGUUCCCAACGACUCAGAUCCAGCUGUACAUGCCUCCCACAAUAAAGUCUGCUGCUCAAUUGUA